AUGCCUGAUAAUAGUUUAUAUUCUUUGAGGUCGAGUUCAAUAAGAAAUAAUGGUGGAAGAUUUUCAACAACCACAGUUGCAGAAAAUAGCGAUUCUGAAUAUAGUGAUUCUGAAUAUAAUAAUUCAGAAUAUAGUGAUCCAGAACUUCUAAUUUAUGAAUUAGAGAAUAGUAAUGAGGCAAAUUUUGAUAAUGAAAAGACAGAACUUAAUGAAGAAGAAGCUAAGCAGUUGAUAUAUGAAAAUAGUUCUUUUUAUGAUCUUCGAUGGGACAAUAAAGCGUCUGGUGAGUUACAAUCACGUAUAGAAUUAAGCUUUGAAAUAUCACAACAAGUUUUUCAACGUGGUCCAUGGAUGGCACGUCGUAUUCGUGAGUGGUCAAAGAGUUGGAUAAUAACUGGGGCCUUACCUGUAUAUAGACAAGGACAACAAAAAUAUACACAAACUCUUAUUGAUGAUGAGGACAUACAAAGUUCUUGCUUACGUUAUAUUCGUACUAUAGGUGAAAGAAUAACUGCUGAAAAAUUUCAACAAUAUAUUCAGGACAAUAUCUUGCCACAUCUUACUAGCUCCUGCACUUCAAUUUCGUUAGAAACGGCUCGAACUUGGUUUCGCCGUCUUGGUCUUGGAAUGGGUAAAGCUCUUAUGAUUUUAGAAUUUUUAACUGAGACUCGUGGUCACCUUACAAUUACUUUUACAGAAAUAAGUGAAUUAAACUUGCCACCAACAUUUCCACAAGAAGCCCGGUCAAGAUUACGUGAUAGCUGGUUUAUCAAUGCACAAAAUGAACGAGUUACCCAACCGAUGAUUUUUCUCAAGAACCUCCCCCCUGAUUACGAUAAUUAUAUUUUUCAUGAUCAGCCAAAAGGUAUUCGUCAAGUGCUUCUUGAGCGUAACUUAUGGCCUACUAAUGGUCUGAGGCUAAAAUAUGAAAAUAGCUAUUAUGAUCCAAGUGCGCCUAAUUGUUGUGCGCGUCACCUUUUCCAAUCUAAUUUGGCGCAUCUAAACAUAUCAGAGCAAAUUUGGCGCACUUGA